UUAUUUAUACAAACACACGCACACACACACACGCAUGUACUUAAACGGAUUCAGCACAUUUUCUAAUACCAUUUCUUCCUAAAUCUUUAUUCUUGUUCGGUCACAAGGGGUGAAACUCCAAAAGCAGUGCAAGCUCUCUGUCAAAAGUACAAUGACGUGGCAGGAAAAAACUCGCAAGUGUCAGUGGACGUCACACGUGUCUCACCGAUCAAUACUGACUGGACAGACAGCGGACAUUUAGGGCAGUGAUGUUAUGCACAUUGAUCGUGACAGAGGAGACAAAUGUAAAUAGCACAGAUGUGUCAUGGAUAAAAAUGUCACCGUUCUCUCCACCUCACGCUUUUAUGACGUUCUCUAUUUUUCUGACCUGUCGAGGCAGGCAGGGCCCUCUUAAUCUAGCUUUAUCCUGGAUUAUGUUAUUAUGACUUCUUCCCGUUUGGGAUUCGGUCGCCAUGCGGGACGUGAAUGUUGACUGGAAGAAUUCAUAAAGCUGUGAGUUCAUUCUGGGUGGAAGAUCUCUUGUUCCUCCGGACCGACUCGUUUGGUGUUCCAUUAAGAGAGCAGGCCGAGCAGGUUUUGAGCUGGUGUACACAACACAAAUGAGAUUAGACAGUCGGCUAAUAACAAAGCUUCCGUCUAACAAAGCAUGGAGGACGGCACUCCACUAUUUCUGAAGUUGAAGGGCUAAACAACAAGAGGAGGCAGGCAUGGAGGCAGAAAAAGCCAUGAUCCUCUGCAAACUCUGCCUGACCGACUGUCCUGAGCUGGAGUCCAGCACACUGCAGUCCUGUAACUGUGUGUUCUGUGUGCAGUGUUUAAGGCAAUAUGUCCAGCUGGCUAUUCGGGGCGGCGCAGGCAGUGCCAUCACCUGCCCUGAUCCGGCCUGCAAGAACACCGGAACUCUGCUGGACUCUGAGCUCGCCUUGUUUGCCCCCAGCGAUCAGGUUGAGCUCUAUCAGCGGCUCCGAUUUGAAAGAGGAGUUCAGUUAGACCCCAGUAAGGCUUGGUGUCCCAUGCUGGACUGUCAAGCCGUGUGCAGUGUGACGCCCGGAACCGAAGGCAAACCGCUUCCUGUGCCCUGCCCCGCGUGCCAUGCCGCCUUCUGCUGCGGCUGCAGAAGCCCCUGGAUAGAUGGUCACUCCUGCUCCCAGCACCAGCCGCUGAUGGCACUAUCAGCAGACAGUGCACUGAGCAGCGCUGAUACUGAUGCAGCCAUUAAACAGUGUCCAAUGUGUGGCGUCUAUAUAGAGCGCAAUCAGGGCUGCGCGCAGAUGCUCUGCAAGAGCUGCAAACACACGUUCUGCUGGUACUGCCUACAGAAUCUGGAUGGCGAUAUAUUUCUGAGACAUUAUGAUAAAGGACCAUGCCGAAACAAGCUGGGGCACUCCAGAGCUUCCGUCAUUUGGAACAGGAUACAGGUGGUCGGUAUACUGUUGGGCGUCAGCAUCAUCGUGCUAGUGACGUCACCACUGCUGCUGCUGGCCUCUCCCUGCAUCCUGUGCUGCGUGUGCAAACCCUGCCAGGCCAAGAAGACCAAGAAAAAGAAGAAAGACAAGAAGCCAUCAGAUUCCACCGCAUAGGAGAACUCCUAAUAAUCAACAUGUGUAGCAUCCUCCACGUGCCACUCCUCAGUCUCGCUAGCCAGGCGCACAAGUGCCUCACUCUCAGUGCCUGGUAAAUUCAGUGGAUUCAUUUUGCCUUCAGGUGCAUUAUGGGAAAAAGAAGCUUGUUGUUUAUUGAAUAAACAGCAUCUGUAAAGGAAUGGCCCUUACUCCACUAAGCCAAAACAUUUGUUUAUGUGAGCUAUAGAGGUUAUAUUAAAAAAAAAUGAUUAACUGUAGCAAUGAGUUAAACUCUUUUAAUUUCCAUGUAGCCUUCCAGACCAAAGGCCCUGCUGUUUUUUUCUUGUGUACUGUAAUAUGUAAAUACUGUAUUUAUGAGUCUGGGAACUGUCCUGUGUUCUUUUUACAUUUGUUGAUUUUUCGGCAUCAGAUAUUUUAUAACUUCAUUACAAUAAACUAAACACCUGAGCAGUGAAA